AUGCAACGUUCUCUCCGGAUUUUUUUGCUCCUGGCGUUGGCUUUUAGGAAUCAGAUAUUGGGUCGUCCAAUCACGUCAUUUGCGGGUGAGUACUUCGUUAUUUCUGUUUUCUUGCAUAGAAGUUAUAUUUCCCAUACAGCAGUACGUACAUGGAACUACUUUUCUUUCCAGAACUUUCUACUAAUACCUGGCUUUGAUUAGGUCCGUUAAUUCUUUUGACUUAUCACAUUUUUUUUACAGCUAAUUGUGCUGAGCUUUACAAGGCUGGAAAUACAACCAGCGGUGUCUACACGAUUUAUCCUGAUGGUUUAGGUGCCUUUGAUGUGUAUUGUGACCAGAGCACUGGUGGAGGAGGGUGGACAGUCAUCCAGAAGAGAAUGGACGGCUCUGUAAAUUUUAAUCGUAGCUGGUGUGACUACAAGCGUGGCUUCGGUAACUUGAGUGGCGAGUUUUGGUUAGGACUGGACAAAAUAAACGGUCUCACUUGGAGAACAAAGAACAAGCUUAGAGUAGAUUUGGAAUUUAACCUCAGCCAGGGAAUUCAACGCAUUUUCGAAGAGUACAACUUGUUCUUAGUUGAAACGGAAUUAAAAGAUUAUGCCCUCACAAUUGGAAGGGUUUUUACAGGUAUUCACAUUUGUUGGUUGAUUAUCAUUGUCAUUCAUACAAAGUCUGAAAAAAUGAGUCAAUUAAUCAGCUAGAUUUUUAGGCUUGGAGAAUAAGCCUUAUACAGAAAGCGAUGACAGUCGAAUUGCAAUGAAAUCUGAAUAAUUUCACAGUGUUUGGCUCAUUAAAUUGACUGAACAGCAACUAGAUUGUUUAUUUUGUCUUAAAAAAUUAACUGUGAUACGAGCCUCUAUCCAGCUGACUGAAAUUGAGCGUUUAAUAAAUACCGUUAUCUUUCUGUUUAUUUUUUAAAUCCUUUUUUUCUUUUCUUCUCGCCCUGUAGGAAACGCUAGUGAUUCUUUUGAUCACAACAACUAUGCUUCAUUUUUAACACUCGACAAAGACCCGCAGUCCAAAUGUGUUAAGGACUUUGGAGCUUGGUGGUAUCCCAAAGGUCAUUGUGGUAACUCCAACCUUAACGGUAUAUACCAACAAAAAGACGGUUUAAGAUGGGCACAGUGGAGUCAAUAUAAGCCCGAUGAGCCCCAAUAUAAAGCCACCAAAGUCGAAAUGAAGAUCAAGCCUGAUUGCUCAGGAUAA